GUAAAAACAACCUACUAUACCGGUAUUAAUCCACCCAUUUCUGGACACGCUUGUGCACCACUUCAGCCGAAGACCUGGAAGCGAAAAUGAACUGGGGGUCCUUUUAUGCCGUGAUAAGCGGCGUAAAUAGGCACUCCACGGGUAUUGGGCGCAUUUGGCUGUCUGUCCUCUUUAUAUUCCGCAUCCUGGUGCUGGUGGUGGCCGCGGAGAGCGCGUGGGGCGAUGAGAAGGCAGGCUUCACCUGCAACACGCAGCAGCCCGGCUGCAACAGCGUCUGCUAUGACCAGUUCUUUCCCAUCUCCCACAUCCGGCUGUGGGCCCUGCAGCUCAUCCUGGUGUCCACCCCUGCCCUCCUGGUGGCCAUGCACGUGGCCCACCGCCGUCACAUCGACAAGAAGCUUCUCAGGCUGUCUGGGCGAGGCAGCCCCAAGGAUCUGGAGCAGAUCAAGAGCCAGAAGUUCAAGAUCACCGGCGCCCUCUGGUGGACCUACAUGAUCAGCCUCCUCUUCCGCAUCUUCUUUGAGGCCGCUUUCAUGUACAUCUUCUACAUGAUCUACCCAGGCUAUAAGAUGUUCCGGCUGGUGAAGUGCGACUCCUACCCCUGCCCCAACACAGUGGACUGCUUCGUGUCCCGCCCCACCGAGAAGACCAUCUUCACUGUGUUCAUGCUGGCUGUGUCUGGGGUGUGUAUCCUGCUCAAUAUUGCUGAGGUGUUCUACCUGGUGGGAAGGGCCUGCAGCAAGCACUUUCAGAAUGCCGAGGACUCACCCAUGGGAGCUUGGAUCACGCAAAAGCUCUGCUCCUACUAGCCAAACGAGAGCACCGUCCUCCAUCCUACUAACCAAGUUUAACUAACUCUCACCAUCGGUCACAGCAGAACAUGGCAAUAAUCUCGUUCAUUCAUCCUACAGACUCAGGAACGAUGACAGUAUGUCUGCCCUGCAGCUGGAAUAUUUGCAGGAAACAUUUUAUAGAGUAGGAUGUGGGCAGGUAAAUGUACUUGAAAACAUACUGCAACUAUUUCCUGGUUUUUAUCUAUUUAUUUUAGCAGAAAAUUGCCCAACCAGGACAGUUAUCAUUGCUUCAAUAUCAGCAAUAUCAACAACUACCAGAUUUCGGAACAAAAUGAUAUAUUUCUGGUAAUACACUUAGCGAGCUGUAGUGUGGAGUCGUUAAGCACUCUGGAUUAUCAGGACAAAGGACACUCAAAGACAGUGUUUUUUACGGUGCCUCUAACAACUGAACUGUGUGGUUUUGUGACAUUUAUUUGAACGGGUUUACAGCAUGGAAGUUAUUCCAACAAAUCAGUUCAACAACUGCAUUGUUAAGUACUGUGAGCCCAGAGUUUUAAUCCACAAAGCAAAAGAGACCACCUCUGAACCAGCCUCAAACCAAGGUCAGAAACCCCACAGGCACUGGACAUUACAGGAUUGCGAGCCAUUCUUUCAUACGGUGGCAAAAAGGCAGCAGAACAACAAGAACGCUAAUUCCCAAGAAUAAAAAGAUAAGCACAAAAGAUCUCUAACUCUAUAUGCAGUACGUCUGUAAUUUUUUCUGUAUGUGUUUAAGCACUGCAAAAGUACAAUAAGGAAAUCUCUCUGUAGUGCUGGGUUAAUGCAAGGGUGAACCUCAUCAGUGCAUUGUAGACUGAAUUGGAUAGCUUGCAUAUUCUGUUUGGCUUUGUAUCUGGUGAGCUGGCAAAUGCUAAUUUCUUCUGGCUACCCAUUUCAUACUUUCACCUUGAAGAUCCCCUCUGUGACUUUGGUAACAGCUUCCUCUUGCUGCUGCUGGGCAGGCAAACGGGAGUUUUCGGUUUGGCUCCCAUGACAGGAAGGUCAGUACCACACAACUUAGAAUAAAUGCGCUAAACACAACAGAUCUGACAAAAUAUUGCAUUUCUGUGCUGAAAUUAUCGUUUAUCUGCUACAGUAACUUGGUUGUGAAGAGAAAAGUGUCUCCAAAAAAUCUUGCUUUGUCUUGUUUGUGGUUCCCAAAAAUAACAUAUCAGGCUUCCCUUUAACCAAUUUAUGAAUAUGUCAUCACUCCAUUAAUAUUUCAUGGUCAUUUCAAUCCUUAACUUAAAAAUAAUAUCAUCAAAGCAGGCCAUAACAAGAGGACCAGAUGUGUUGCAAUACAGCAAUAAUCUCUUAUUUCCCUACAGGGCCACUGAAAUGGUGAAGGAGUGAAGGGAAAAAGAUUUUAAAAAAUCAUGUUUCAAAGUUGGUAUUGGUUGACUCAUCUUGUGGUAGAUAUUUUAAUGCCUAUGUUAUUGUCACACUUUAUGAGCAGCUAAGGGUAGGAUAUUGUUUGGAUUAUGACCAGAACAGCAAAGUAGUUUAAUUUCUGCGAUUGUGAACAAAACAAUGGCAGCUGUUUCAGUUUGUUUACUUAGGGCAAAAUCUGAAGUAUUUGCCACAAUUUGAUUAAAUAUUUAUUCUGACUGUCAGCUACUUAUUGUAUGAUUCAAAUGUGAUGUCAAAUGUGCGGUAUUUUCAUGUGUGGAAAUGCAGUUAUGAUUUUCUGUGACCAUUGAUUGAGCACUCCAUGUCUCUGAUUGUUGUGAAUGUCAGCAUAAAACAUUUUGUAAAGAGGGCAUAUUGAAAUGCAUUUUAAAGAAUCUUCCUAAACUUGAUUUAGGGGUAUUUCAAAGGCCCUGAAUAGCCAUGAUCUAAAGCUAUAUACAGUAUGUAUAAAAUACCUUUUGGCAAACAUCUUUAGUUUAUUUUAGUCCUAAACCAGACCUAGUGAUGGUGAAAUACACCCCAUGUUUCAU